ACUAUUUACAAAACUGCCCUCCCCCCUCGCUAGGGUUUAUCCCCCACCUCCGCCAACCCAAAACCUCCGUGGCCGGAGCUCCAAUCGCCGCCGCCACCGCCGACACCUCCUCUUCCUUUUCCACCUCCACCUCCACCUCCCCGCCAUUACCGCCGGCCGUCUCCGCUCCCGGCACCGCCGCCGCCCCAUGAUCAGCUGCCGCGCGGCGGCAGCCCUACGUGCCUCACUGCGCCGCGCCUGCUCCUCCCAGGCCGCCGGCUCCGACGACCACCUACUUGGCCUCGUAGAGGUCCCCGAACUGCAUCCCAGUUCUCGCCUCUCACCCAAAGACUUCGCCUUUCUUCAAGAGCCCAUCCUUCCCCUCCCCGCCGCCGCCCUCCCUCCCCCGGAGGCCGUCCUUAUCUCCAAGGCGGUCCGAUCCUACGGCGCAGAUUUCGACGGCAAGGCGGAGCGUUUCCUGCGGCGGCACCGCGAGUUCCUGACCGACUCUGUGGUGGUCGCCGUGCUCCGGGCGGUGCGCGACCCGGAUCUCUGUGUCAGGUUCUUCCUCUGGGCCGAGCGGCAGGUGGGGUACAGCCACACCGGCGCCUGCUACGACUCGCUCGCGGACAUACUAUGUUUUGACGAUCGUGCCAGGACCGCCGAGAGGCUGCUGAGGGAGAUUGGAGAGGAUGAUUGUGAGGUUCUCGGCAAAUUGCUCAAUGUGCUUGUGCAGAGAUGCUGCCGCUGGGGAGCAUGGGGCGAGGCGCUGGAGGAGCUUGGGAGGCUGAAGGAUUUCGGGUACAGGCCGUCGGGUCCAACCUACAACGCUCUAUUGCAGGUGCUUGCAACCGUGGGGCAGGUGGACAUGGGGUUUCGGGUGCAGAAGGAGAUGUCAGAGUCGGGGUUCUGCAUGGAUAGGUUCACGGUUGGGUGCUUUGCACAGGCGCUAUGCAAGGAGGGGCGGUGGGCCGAUGCACUUGACAUAAUAGAGAGGGAGGAUUUCAAGCUCGACACAGUGUUGUGCACCCAGAUGAUCAGUGGACUGAUGGAGGCCUCCCUUUUUGAUGAGGCGAUUUCAUUCCUCCAUAGAAUGCGGUGCAACUCGUGCAUCCCCAACGUGGUCACAUAUAGGACACUGCUCUCCGGAUUUUUGAAAAAGAAUCAACUUGGCUGGUGCAAGAGGAUAAUCAACAUGAUGAUGAAGGAGGGUUGCAAUCCAAACCCCUCCUUGUUUAAUUCACUUGUGCAUAGUUACUGCAAUGCCAGGGAUUAUCCAUAUGCAUAUAAACUUUUGAAGAGGAUGACUGCUUGUGGUUGCCCUCCUGGCUACGUCGUAUACAACAUUUUUAUUGGAAGCAUUUGUGGUGGAGAAGAAUUGCCGGGCCCUGACUUGUUGGCUUUGGCAGAAAAACUUUACGAGGAGAUGCUGGCUUGUGGUUGCGUUCUUAAUAAGGUUAACACUGCCAAUUUUGCUCGAUGCCUUUGUGGUGUGGGGAAGUUUGACAAGGCAUUUCAGAUCAUUAAGGUGAUGAUGAGAAAAGGUUUUGUACCUGAUACGAGCACAUACUCUAAGGUGAUCACUUUUCUGUGUCAGGCUAUGAAGGUAGAAAAGGCUUUCCUUUUGUUCCAAGAAAUGAAGAAGGUUGGUGUUAAUCCUGAUGUUUACACGUACACAAUUUUGAUUGAUGGAUUUUGUAAGGCUGGUCUCAUUGAACAGGCGCAGAGUUGGUUUGACGAGAUGAGGAGUGUGGGCUGCUCUCCAAAUGUAGUGACAUAUACUGCAUUGCUUCAUGCUUACCUGAAAGCGAAGCAGCUACCUCAGGCUAGUGACAUUUUUCACAGAAUGGUUGAUGUUGGCUGUCCUCCCAAUGCCGUUACCUACAGUGCACUAAUUGAUGGCCUCUGUAAGGCCGGUGAAAUCCAAAAGGCUUGUGAAGUCUAUGCCAAGUUGAUUGGAACUUCUGAUAAUGCAGAAUCUGAUUUUUACUUUGAAGGUGAGGGCACAGACACCAUUGCUCCAAAUGUUGUCACCUAUGGUGCACUCAUAAAUGGUUUGUGUAAGGUGCACAAGGUGGCCGAUGCUCACGAAUUGCUAGAUGCUAUGUUAUCAACUGGGUGUGAGCCCAAUCACAUUAUAUAUGAUGCCUUGAUUGAUGGCUUUUGCAAAGCUGGAAAGAUUGAAAAUGCCCAAGAGGUAUUUGUGAGGAUGUCUAAGUGCGGCUACUUGCCUACUGUGCAUACAUACACCUCCUUAAUUGACGGGAUGUUUAAGGACAGAAGGCUUGAUCUUGCCAUGAAAGUUCUCUCUCAAAUGCUGAAUGGUCCUUGCACUCCUAAUGUCGUCACUUACACAGCUAUGAUUGAUGGGCUUUGUAGAUUAGGUGAAAGUGAAAAGGCCUUAAAGCUGCUGUCAAUGAUGGAGAAGAAAGGAUGCCGCCCAAAUGUUGUAACUUACACUGCUCUAAUAGAUGGAUUGGGAAAAGCUGGUAAAGUUGAUAUAAGUCUUAAGCUUUUUACACAAAUGAGCACACAAGGAUGUGCUCCCAAUUAUGUUACCUACAGAGUACUGAUAAACCAUUGCUGUGCUGCUGGCCUUUUGGACAAGGCCCAUUCACUGCUCAGUGAAAUGAAGCAGACUUACUGGCCAAAAUAUUUGCAAGGAUAUUGCUGUGCGAUUCAAGGUUUCAGCAAGAAGUUUAUUGCUUCUCUUGGAUUGUUGGAGGAGAUGGAGUCACAUGGCAUAGUGCCAAUAGCUCCUGUUUAUGGGAUGCUCAUUGAUAAUUUCUCCAAGGCUGGCAGGCUGGAGAAAGCCUUGGAGUUGCACAAAGAGAUGACGGAAGUCUUGUCAUCCCUAAACAUAACCAGCAAGGACACAUACACUUCACUAAUCCGGGCACUUUGUUUAGCAUCUCAAGUUGAAGAAGCAUUUGAAUUAUACAGUGAAAUGAUGAGGAAAGGUGUUGUUCCAGAACUUAGUGUAUUUGUUUGCCUCAUAAAGGGGCUAGUCGGCGUGAAUAAGUGGAAUGAAGCCCUCCAGUUGUGUUACAGCAUAUGUCAUGAGGGUGUAAACUGGCAGGGCAAUAAAUCUUUUGAUGGAGGGUAGAGCUGUGUUGUGUUACUGCACAGUAACUCAUACAAGUGAAAGCAUUGUCCCCUAAGAGCUUAUUUUGAUUGGGGCUAUUUGGAUCCAAAUCCUGACGAUUUAGUUCAAAUUUGAACUAUAUUAUAAAAAUCUUUGAACAAUCCCCUUCUUACAAACACCCCCCAAAGGAGUCAUCCAUUUCCCACAUCUCAUUUGUUAACCAAGGACAAAAAUGUGCUUAUGUGCAACUCGUGGAUGACUUAAUAAAACAGCACAGAGGAUUCAAAGCUGCUGUACAGGAUGCCAGGAUUGAUUCUUAAAACUGUAUAUCAUAUAUGACCCUUCUGGGCGCUGAAGGAUACGAUGAAGAGCUAGAACACCGCAUGCCGUCAAGCUGGAUUCAUGUAAGCAGAACUUUAUCAACAAUAACGGCAGCCAAUCUACUAGAUGGACAAAGGAUCAUCUCUAUGGCUGUCAAGAAUAACCUCGGUAUAUAUAUGCUGCUGAUGGUUAGUCAAAAGGUGUAAUAUGCGGUGAAGACAACUUUUGCAGUUCAUAAUCCUCUAUUCAUCAAUUUAAUAAUACAUCCUUCUAGCUCUUGUCAAAUGUUGCUCUCGUGAUAGAGCAAUAAAGAUAUUCUGUAACUACAGAAUAUACUAUAAUAUAUUACAGUUUUUCACUGCACAAUUGUAAUAAUUAUAUUUCAAAUAAAACUUCAUUUAUUUUAACUGUUAAUAUCUGCUGAAAUUCUAUCGUAGCAUAACAUUUCAGCCAUUGUUAGCUCAUCAAAUCUUUGACCUCUUUGUUUACAUUGCCAGUGUAAUAAUUUAGUACUUAUUGGUUUUCAGCAUAUUUUAGGCUUCUAGCUUGUUUUCGUAUUUCUUUUUCCCAUUUAUGUGGAGAUAAUGCCCUUACAGUAGUUGUAUUUAGCCCUUUUGCAACUACAAUGUCUUGCCAUAUUAUUGCACUCUUUUAACUAAGCAUGUUCUGAACUGGAUUGCUGUGGUGAUGUCUCAGUAUUGCCUGAUGCAGAGGUUUUUACAAUUAGAUCAGUAGCUGUGCCCUAUGCCAGGAAGCAUCGCUUUGAAGGCCCAAACUGUACCAAGCUACAAAAUCUCUGCUGAUUACCAGAAGUCAAAUUCCAAGGACUUAUAUAAUCGGCAACUGGAGAUAUACUAAGGAAUCCAUAGCUCUUCAUUGCAUUGAGUAGCCAGGGUGCUUUCCUUGGAAUUGGUAAAUCAUAUCAGUGGUGUUUUGCAUUCCUUACUAUUUCUCAAAGUGGUAGCAUCAUAUCCAAAUAUGUCUGGUCUUCUGUUACCUGUGCUUUCUUCAAGAGUUAAGACUGUAAUUUCCAAUAAGCUUCAUAUCUUUUAGAUGCUAGGAGUAAAAGAAAAAUUAUGCUGAUGUCAUGCCACUGAGUGAUUUUUUUAAUUAAAAAAACAGUGACUUUGUUA